AUGCGUUAUCAAUCGGGCAAUCGGAUGCGUUAUGACAAUUUCUGCGUAGCAAGGCAGCUAGACUUUUCCAUGCCAGUCGAGACGAAGCCUGCUUACGACGUACGCCUACGAGCGCUAGGUGCUCCAUCUAUUGGUCGUGGAGCGGCCGCUUUUUCGAGACCGCGUCAUCGGUAUAGAGGGUGUAAUUGCGUGAGGGCCUCUCGUAAAGCAUCGGUCACCCGAGGUCCGUGCACAGCCCUCUUUCCUAAUCGAGCACAAUUCACAUGCGUACAUCUCGGCCUGAAAGCGAAAGAGCGCACACAGCCAUAUGCAAUAAGGCAUAAAUCAAGCCUGGUGCUAUCAGUACAGAAUGCGGUCGUCGCCCCAUGUAUCACUGGGGCGCAGCUGAGUCUGCGUAGCAACGCCACGCGGUGGUGCCACCACAGCUUCCCAACCUUGAUGCUCACCGGUGCAGCAGAGCAGAGCAGCUCAGCUCCAGCGACAGCUGUCACCCCUAUCAACGAGCCGCAAGCGAAUUUUUGCUUUUCUUCAACCAUGGACACAGCACUCAACACAAGCAUCUAUUCAAUCUUUCCUCUCGCGGACCCCGUUAAGCAGAUCCGUCUUCUGCGAAACAUCACGCCGGAUGGAGCGGCAGAGUUGGUCUACGAAUUCGUAAUAUGUGACCUUUGCGAUGCUCCUUCGUUUCAGGCGAUCUCUUACACGUGGGGAGACGCAACGCUACGCAAUCUCGUCACAAUAAAUGACAUACCUAUGGACGUUACAUGGAACUGUCACCUUGCCCUGUCCCAAGCAAGAGCUUCUUCUUAUACUUGGAUUGACUCUGUUUGCAUUGACCAGGGGAACCUGCAAGAGAAGAGUGUACAAGUCGCUAUGAUGUGGGACAUCUAUCAUUCAGCAGCGUUCGUGCUGGUAUCUUUUGGGCCUCCAGAUUCGUCCAGUGAGAUUAUUGGCUCAUUGCUGACCGAGCUCGAGGAAGUUAUCCUUGGGCAACAACUUGAGUAUGACUUCAGGGAGCAUCGGCAGUCUCAAUCGAAGGCGAAGCCGAACAGUCUCAAUGCGAUACCGGAAAAAUUAUCCUCCGGGCUCGACGCAGAAGACGAGGUAUUUAUACGCAUUCAUCGAGCGUUCAACCAGCUGUGUGGCAGGCCAUACUUCAGUCGACUCUGGAUCGUCCAAGAACUACACGCAGGACAGCAUCACAACCGGAUACUUCUCAUGUUUGGGUCGGCGCCGAAGGUAUACUUCAAAGCAUUUCAAUGGCUGCUCUUGUUGCAUGACGAACUUCAAGAUGUGUGGUCAAGGCGUCUACAUAUUUUUAAAGAGCUCCUCAAUGCCCAAGAGGCCGCUGACGAGAAUUCCUCCACGGACGAGCUGUAUGAGUCAAACGACAAACCUGAACGCAAGACAAGAGCAGUCAAUACCUAUCCUGGCAUCCAGCUCGGUGUUCUCAACAAUCUCCUCAAAGGGCACGCAGGUUCUCACGACUAUUACUCGAUCACGAGUGACACUAAGGGCUUAGAUUGCAAGGAUGUUCGAGAUCGAGUGUACGCCAUGCGUCACCUGAUUGACUGGUCAAAGUCCAGGUUGAAGACGUUGCAGCCGGACUACACGAAAAGUGCCUUCGACAUUGCGGUUUCACUAGUCUCUGCGCCGGAAGAAAGAGAAGGCCUUGACCCAUUCGACUUCUUUUGUUUGUUGGAGACAUUGGAAGUCAGUGCGCACGAUCCUUCGCUGGUGCCGUUCUUGUCUACCAAUGCUUUUCAAGUCGUUCCUCAACGCCAAAGCAGACGCAUUUGGAAGUUGGAGGUCUCGUUCGUCUGUCGGCUGAUCAGAUUCGACAGGUCUUUCGCACAAAGCAGGCUCGACAGUUUCUCCGAAACAUAUCCAAAUGACACAGAUGACCUGCGAGGGCCUGGCUCCGCUAUCGACAUGAGUGGCCCUGCACGAUAUAUGAGUGCAGAUGUCGAUGUCCCUCCCGAACCAGUCUCAAUGGAAUUGAAGGAUGUGUGUGAAGACCUGCUACGAAAUGAUGCUGUCGCACUUGCGUACGGAUGGGUAGAUUUCUCAGAGGACAGCUAUCAGGAGGUAGUUGUGCCGGCCGCUGCGGAGGCAGGCGACAUCGUAGUUUGCUUGCACCCCGGUAGAAUCAACACGGGCCUUCUGAUACGCCUUUCCUCAAUCUCUUCAGACGUGGCAGUGGUGGGUAAAGCGAUUCUAGAACGGCGCUGGAACAAUCGCCGGCCACAGAAGCCGCCAAACUCAUGGAAACUCGCUGAGGUUACAUUCGAAGCCACUCCUGAGGAGAUGAUCAGCUUCCUUGCUGCGCCGCGUGGAAAAGGAGACUACACAUGUGAGCCUUUCGCUUUCGAUAUUCCCAAAGUGGUCGGGUUCACGACUCAUGCAAAGCAAGACUGGUGUGAUCGCAUCGUUACAGAAGCGUUGAUGACACCGGAGCCCAGCGAUGCCGCGGACGGAGAUGUCCCCAACGAUGGGUGGCGAGAAUGUCAAUGGAAGGAUAUGGAGCAAUAG